AUGGAACCCAAGAACCGACUCCCUGCAACUCACAUUGUCGCGUCAAACGAGUCAUCCGAAUUCGCCCGCCUGAAUUGGGUCCUGGCCCGUUCUUCUGUAAUCGGUCUCGAUGCCGAGUGGAAACCCCUCAAAACUCAACAAUCCGUCUUCCCAAAUGUGUCGCUCCUCCAACUCGCUUGUCAACUCAGACCUGAACUUCGCUCUGACUCGGUGGAGGAGCAGGAAGAGGAGGAGGACGACUGGGUGGAGGUUUUCCUGCUUGACCUUGACUCGAUUCUCCUGCCUUCCAUUUGGGAAUUGCUGAGAGAAGUAUUUAUUUCUCCGGAUAUAUUGAAAGUAGGAUUUAGAUUCAAGCAAGAUUUGGCGUACUUAUCCUCAACCUUCUGCUCCCAUGGUUGUGAUCCUGGGUUUGACAAGGUGGAGCCAUAUUUGGAUAUCUUCAGUGUUUAUCAUUAUCUACAGCCAAAGCAACAAGGAAGAAAGGUGCCAAAGGAAACGAAGAGUUUGGCAACUAUAUGCAAAGAAAUACUGGGGAUUGCCCUUUCUAAGGAACUUCAAUGUAGUGAUUGGUCCUCCCGACCUCUUACUGAGGAACAGAAAACCUAUGCUGCUACAGAUGCACAUUGUUUGCUUCAAAUUUUUGCUAUUUUCAAGGAAAAAGUUGCAGAAGAAGGAAGUUCUUCUCGAGUUGUAAAUGUGCUGGAUACUCCGCAUAUUGGGUUGAAAGCAUUUCUUGAGCUAGAUGAAAGAUGUAAUAAACAUCUGAGGAUUACAACUCAUGAAGCUUUGGCAAUAGUUAGGGCGACUGUUUCUUCUAAACAUUUCCAAAGGAUAGCUUGGGGAGAGGGAGUACUUUCCAGGACAAGAUCUAUAUAUACCAUGCCCAUGGGUGAGUCGUUCGUCAAAAUAGUCAGAAAAUAUGGUGAAAAAAUCCUGUUGAGAGAAUCUGAUAGGAAACCAAGAUCCUCUAAGAAAAGAGGAAAGAGAAAACCUUCCAUGAUCGCUCAAGUUACUAGAGAAAAGUGGAUAGAUGAUAAUAUUUGUAGCUGGGAAGGGAGCACGCCAUGGGAAUUGUCCGAGGGUGGUGAUGGCUGCCCCAAGUUCCUUUGUGAUGUUAUGGUUGAGGGUUUGGCUAAACAUCUUCGUUGUGUGGGAAUAGAUGCUGCAAUCCCUUGUUCUAGAAAACCAGAUCCAAGGGAAUUAAUAGAUCAAGCAUACAGAGAAAAGAGAGUGGUUUUGACUCGGGAUGCAAAACUAUUAAGGCAUCAGCAUUUGAUAAAGAACCAGAUUUACAGAGUGAAGAGUCUUCUUAAGAAUGAACAACUACUGGAGGUGAUCGAGACCUUUAACCUAAAGAUCAACGAAAAUCAGCUGAUGUCAAGAUGCACCAAGUGCAAUGGGAAGUUUAUUCAGAAGCCGCUAACAACAGAAGAGGCAGUUGAAGCAGCAAAAGGUUUCCAAAAGAUACCCAACUGUUUGUUUAACAAAAAUCUGGAAUUUUGGCAGUGCAUGGAGUGCAACCAACUGUACUGGGAGGGAACCCAAUACCACAAUGCUGUUCAGAAGUUUGUGGACAUUUGCAAGUUGAAUGAGUAA